AUGUAUGAUUGGAGGCAAGAGCGUACCAUCUUUCGGUACGUGCUUGGACGACAAUCGGACUACGACACCCCAUGGAGCGAGGCCGAUAUCGUGUACACGCCGAUGAAUAUUGGCGGCAACCACUGGGUUAUGAUCGGGAUUGAUCUUGUGGAGGGUGAUUUAACCGUAUGGGACUCACUGCAAGCGAUCACCCCAUUGGAGGAUCUCGAGAAGGCGCUCAAGCCAAUGUGCACGAUAAUCCCGGUGAUUCUUCAUUGGAGCGGGAUGCUCGCACUUCGGCCUAUCCUGCACACGGUGCCAUGGAGGGUCCGAAGAUGUACUGUACCUCAGCAAGCCGGGUUCACAGAUUGCGGCAUAUUUUGUGUUAGAUUUUUCGAGUACGAUGUAACUGGGUCAAAGAUGGACACUUUGAUUCAAAGUAACAUUUCUUUAUUUCGUCGUCAAUAUGCUGUACAAAUGUGGGCUCGCAGACCCUUUUUUUAG